AUGGCUGCCUUUUCUUCGUUUCAAUUCGGCUCUUCAGUUUAUCUGCCGAGCUCUCCCAUCGGUAACUCCCUCGAGGAAAUUACAAACAUGGCUUCUUUUCAAUUUUAUCAGCCGGAAACUCUUCAAAAUCUCGAUCAGAGCACAAAAGUUUCGACUCUAAUUAGUGAUAUCGAGCCUUCUUUGAGCCAUGUCACAAACAAGAACAUUAGCAUGGAUAAUUCUUCAUUAAUAACAGAUCCAAUACACUGCAUGGACAACAAGAAGAGGAAAUUGAAAGUGGGUUCUUCUUCAAAUUCUGCUCAAUCCAAGGGUUCAAGGGAAGUGAAGAUAAAGAAGCCAAAUAAACGCAAAGAUGUUGAAAAGAAGAAGACAACGAAGGAAGACGAGAAAAAUGCUGAAGAAGAAAAAGCGCCAUCUGGUUACAUUCAUGUAAGAGCAAGGAGGGGCCAGGCAACAGAUAGCCACAGCCUUGCAGAAAGGGUGAGGAGGGAAAGAAUAAGUGAAAAAAUGAAGCUUCUCCAGGCUCUUGUUCCUGGUUGUGACAAGGUAACUGGGAAGGCCCUUAUGUUGGAUGAAAUAAUCAACUAUGUCCAGUCCCUGCGAAAUCAAGUCGAGUUUCUCUCGAUGAAGCUCGCUUUGACUAAUCCCAUGUUCCACGACUUCCGGAUGGACUUAGAACCAUUCAUGGUUAGACCUGAUCAGAAUUUAUGCAGCCCUACACAGACACCAGCAAAUGACUAUCCUCUACUGGAUAAUUCGUCUAAUAUCCUUUUGUUUCAACAGGACCAAAUGCCCGAUAUUUUCUCAGGGAGAAUGGACAGUUUUUGUGGGAAGUGGAUGAACUAA